UUAGAAACGAGGUGUUAUUGCCUCUUACUUUCGUGGCCAGUAGGUAUGCACGCUUUUAGCCGUGUGUGUACGAUUUAUUCGAGAUUCCUUACUCGCACAUACCCGGUUCGCUUGCUUCGCAGGGAGUUCGAUCGAACAGAGCUGGCGGUUGGGUUUGCGGCGAGCCAAUGUUCGGUCGAUUGCGUCGCGAAGAGGUGUCCUUGUUCGGAGACACGUUUGAUUAGCGAACGAGCGAGAACCGCCCGCGCACCUCGCUUCGAUAAAGAGCUGCAGUCGCCAGUAAUAUCCGGGCUAGAAGAGUCGCUCAUGCCUUCACCGAGUCCCUUUGAACACACAUGCUGCGGAUCCUGUGAGCUGUCACUGGAGAGUGUCUUUAUCAGGCGGUGCACGGGUGGACCGGCCAAAACUUCAGGACAGAUUCGCCGCACGAUUUCGCACCGUGUUGCUGAACGACCUGCCGAGGGCUUUCCAAUGAUCCUCUUCUCUGUCGACUUGCAUCCUAGGAAUACAUAUGCACGCUCGGAAGAUCCUCUCCAUCAUGGAUGUUGAUUGUCCGAUAGUCAGUUUGAAGCGAUCGAGUAGCGCUCCGAUGAUCAACGAGAUCAGUGCCACUAUGUCGGUCACUUCGCCUUCCGCUUCUACGACGAGAGAUGCUGUGUCGCCGUUUAACAUAUUUUCGGACACCCCACGUACACGGCGUUUCAGCACUAGUAGUCCUGGAAGCGCACCUAGAUUAACACCUCGUGUUAGUCAAUUAAGGCAGGAAGAAUGUAUCGACGUAGUUGGUAGAGAAGCAGCUCAUGAAAAGGAAAUUCACAGUGCCAUGCAAAUGUCGCAGUCAUGGGAAGACUUAACAUUAGAAGCAGAGGGAUUGUCAUUUAAAGACUCGGAUUCGCUGUCCCAACAACUAAACAAUAAAGAACGACAGAGCACGAAAAGAUUGUUAGAUCCUCUAAGUUUAAAUUUAUCGGUCAAUGGUCCACCGGUAUGCUCCUCACCCUCUCCAACGAGGUCGGGACUCAGUCGACAAUGUUACUCACCUGGGAUUCACAUGGUUAAUUGGAAAAGUAAUUUAUCUCCCAGCCCCACGAGGAAGGCCUUUGCUACACGACGCAGUUUAAGUCCUAUAGCAAUACGACCGAGUUGUCUCGGUCCUGUGAAAAGAAAAUUCGAAUUGGAUGAUAAUACGGAUCAUCAUUUGCAACCUCCCGUGAAGAAAACUUCUAGCCUGGUAACGUCACAUUCAGUGAGAUUGGAUGCGAUAUCGAGUCCGCUUCCCGGAACGAUUAGUUCCGUAGGAACUCCUGAAUCGUUAUCCAGCGCAGAUUCUCCAAGCUUUUCCUUCCGACCAGUGGACAGUCCAUCGCCUAGUCGUUUGGUUUCCAAUAUCGACGAACCCAUGUCUGACUCGAACGAUCAAACGAAAACGGCGGAUCACAUUCAAACCGACCAAGUUGGUCAGUGCAAUCACAGAUGAACGAGGCCUUCGGUGAAUCAUUCAAAUUGAAAGUAACUCGUUUGCGGCUGGGGAGAUUUUGUCAAGUUCUAGGAGUCGGCUUGGACAGCCACGACAGAUUUCCUUGCGUUAUCUAAUGAGCUAAAAUCUCUAUGCUGAUCGCUACUUGCCCAAAGGUAUAACGAACGAGCGAAGGAGCUCUCGUUCGAUCUGGAAUCCGCGAAAGAAGGAAACGAGGAAUGACUGUUAUUAGAUGCAAUGCACACGAUCAUUUGCGCAUAGUUUUAAGCCAUGUUCCGAGAGAAUGCGUCCGCCUGAGGUAAUCUCUAACGUGAACACCCCAAGGUGAGGCGAUCUCGAUUUUCCGACGAGGUCUGCACUCACACCUAGUCUUCUGGUGUUUCUAACCGAAUCCAAAUAUCAGGUACUGAUAUACCCGCCUGAGACAAUUUUUUUUUUUAUCAUGGUUUAUGAUGUACAAUAUAAAUGUAAGUCAUUCGACGGACGUAGAGCGUAGCGAUAUCAACGAGCGUACCUUGUCAGUAAUUAAUAUUCGACUGCGUUAGAACGAUCUGAUAUUGUCUGAAAUGGGUAUUCCCUUUGGACAGACAUCGGAUGGAAACUACGUCUUGCGUUGUGUAGGUUUCUUUAGUCAGGCGCUUUUACUGCUCCUCGCACCUGCCAACGUUUAAUAGUCCCAUCUUAUCGCGUUUACGAUGUACGACGUAGAGAACGUAUUCAAUAGACAUUUGACGUAGGGAGAAUCAAAAUUCGGAACUCUCGGUCAUCCCACUGACCCGUACCAAAGUACAAGUAGAGCAAUGCCAUAUGUUACAAUUAAUUCUUCUCUUCCAUGCCACCGAGACAGUUUAUUUUCUACGUGCGAAGAGUAAUCGUACCUUAUCGAAGGUAAUUUUCUGCAAGAAUCCAAUCGCUGUGGACCUACCGAAUCGAAUAGCGUUAAUGAGAUGUCUAUAGCGAGUCGAAAAUGGAGGGACUGUAAUUAUUCAAUCAUGCUUUUCAAGUGCCACAAUAAUUUACGAAUUACCAGAUUAUCACGAUCACCUUUUAAAUAGUCCCCGCGUCGACGUAGCAAGUGAACUGAGCGUGCUCCUGGCAAACGUUAUCGUGGUAUUAUCGGAAAAUAGCUGUAAUUAUAAAUAUCCUUUAUAUUUACUAUUAUCGCGAAAUUGAUGCUACUUCGAAAGCCUUGUAGUGGCUAAGUUUAGACUGGAUUAGAGUUCCAGUAGCUUUAAGGAGUUCUCAGUUUAUCGUCUAAGGAACGACCUGGACUUUUGAGAUGCUUCCUACUUCUAAGACUGAAACCGAUGUUUCGGCAGAGAAUAUCCGCUGAAUUAGAACUGACUUCCAAAAGUAAUUAUCGAAAGGUGAACACCGUCGUGCUCCCAUUCGUGGAAUGUUUGAGUAAUGAUUAACGGCACGUCAGAUCUGUGUUCUUUUGUGGAAGUGUACCAUUAACUAAUACCGUUAACAGUUAAUCCUGGAUAUAAAUAGAAUAAGUGCAAAGAUGCCCCUGCGGUAAUGAUAAAUUAUAAUCGAAGGAUAAAUAGUGGUUAAGUAGACCGGCAACAACUAUUACCACCGCCGUUUUAAUUUAAUAGCCAAAUUAGGGAGUUAAGUUAUUCGUGUAAAAUAAUGACAGAAAUUGUAAAUUAUUUUUCCUGCGUAGUAUUAGAAAAACGUUAGAUAGUUAUUAAUGAUAGCGUUAGGUGAGUGGUUCUCAACUUUUUUGCCCCGUUCACCCUUUUCGCCAUGUCGGAAUAUCAUUCGCCCCUUGUUAACUACAAUUUACGGUUCAACAAACUACAUUUCUACAGAUUGUAUGUAAUACACAGGACAUGUUUUAUUCAAUUGUAGUCCUAUCUCGUCCCUUGGUUGAGAACUUUGUAAUCUGUUUUCAAAUAAUGCAGACCUGGCCCAGAUUUUCACUUCUUUGAAACAAUUGCAUUAGUGUUUCUAAUUGAUUAUUACAGAUGCGAGAGAAAUAGGUGUGCAAGAGUGUAUUACAGAAUCGGUAAUCACUUACAAUUUAUUUUCAAAAUACACGUUUGUUGUAUUUAAAACACCAAAGGUCAAUCAUACCUUGAAAAGUUCUACUUCCGAAAUCAUUUCAAGCUAUUUUAUCAGCAUUCGGUUUACGCAAGUACAACUGUAUUCUAUUGAUAGAACCGCUGUAACCGUGUGCAGUUUAUGUACAAUUCUAAUUACAGUGUAAAAUUAUCCUGAUGUACAGUUGAGUUUUCAAAAUCCGAGAGACCAUUACACGCGUUGUUACUUCUGUGAAGAUGUUAGUUUUAGAGAAAUUUAAAACAUGAUCUUCGUUUUAUAUCAUUCUUGAGUUUUAUCACGAAUUGUAAAAAGCUUGAGACCCGUAAUAAACAAACUGCAAUUAUAAAA